GGCGAGCGUCGGUGGUUCGAGUGAUCGGUCUCGCUUCGUCCUUUCGCGUCGUACGUACAUACAAUUUACAUUCUUGAGUUUUAAUUCGUGACGUCGCGUCAUGCGCGAUUCGCGAUCGUAGUGCGUGUUCCAAUAAUAUAUCACGAUCUCCCUUUACGCUGUGAAAACAAAGCAGAGCAAGCUACGUGAAAUUAUUGACACGCGCGGGACAGGUCGUGAAGCGAAGGUAACGCGGAACAAGGAUCGGCAUCGGCCUGAAGCUGCCUUCGAAGGAUUUCGCGGGUGAACCGCCAGUGAUUUCAGACAGAUUACGUCCACCGCGAGAAAACCGCAGCUAGAAUGCGGCGUGGCCGGCCGAUGGACGAUGGCUGUUAGAACGAGACGUAUCGUGAAUCUCGCCGGCGGGCAAGAAGAACACGCAGUGACAUUCGCGGAAGAAAAGAAGAUGACACACGGGGUCACACGAAAGAACGAAGCUGCGAUUUUUCCGCGCAUGCGCGAGCAACGAUAGGGGAAGACAGCGGCCUUGAAAACGGCGAAUGACAGACAGUUCCUGUCUAAGUGAUCAGCAGUCGCUUAAAGUGCCGACAAUUUAUUCGAGUUUUGCAAUCUCCCUCGAUCGCUGACACCGGUCGGGAGUCUCGAGACAGCUCUCUUCUAUCUAUCUUGGCCAGACGAGUAAGAGAUUUAUCUCUUCUCCGACAUCGAACGAUAAAACACAGCGAAGAAGCAGUGACACGAUGUAGUGUGGUGAUUCGGCCGAGAAAGAAUUUUUUUACGUGAACUCAAAACGAACGCGAAAAUCGAGGCGAAAUUCUCCGCGUGUGAGAAAAACGCAAAGAUGAAGACGAUGGGUGAUGUUGUUGCGGAUCCUAUCGAUGAGAACGAUGGCACUAUGCAACCAGCUGGCGCGAGCAAGGAAUUCGGUCAGAGAACACUGAGAUCCCUGAAGAGAGGACUGGGCCGACUCUGGAGACGACACAGAGGCAACGUGUCGAUAACUGAGUAUGAUCCCUCCUACAAGGUCGCGUAUCUCGGGAAUGUGCUGACCGGAUGGGCCAAGGGUGAAGGCUGCGUCGAGAAGCCUGUAUCGACCUUGUGGCGGAACUAUAUGACCAGCAGCAGGCCCGACGUCUCUAUGAGACUGACGAUAACCAACGGCGGUCUGACCGCGACCACGAAGGACCACGGUCUCACCGAGUACUGGGCCCACCGUGUGACUUACUGCACGGCCCCAGUUUCGCAUCCGCGACUCUUCGUCUGGGUAUACAGGCACGAGGGUCGCAGAUUGAGGCCCGAAUUGAGGUGCCAUGCGGCUCUAUGCAGCAAGGAAUCCAUCGCGAGAAGACUCGCCUCUAUUCUGAACGCCAGGCUACAACAGGCGCUCUUGGAAUUUCGCCGAGAUAAGGUCUCCAGGCAAAAUGCCAGGCUGUCUCUGGCAAGCGCGUUGUACGACAAUCCGUCUUUGCCACGUAGGAAGCUUCUUCUGAGCACCGGUGGCCAGAACUAUCGACCGCCCUUGGAAAGAUCGAAGAGCGCGCCAAAGCUAUCAGCGAUCGAAGAGGAUACGGUAGCCGAGGAGAUAGAACAGCAGAGGCUGCUGGAGGAAUUGCGUUCCUUGGAAACCGUGGCGCGUAGUUGGGAGGAUCAGGAUAGCUGGAGGAUAGCCAGGCUGUUGGACGCUCUCAAUCGCGAGUCCUCUGACGAAAACGGUAGCAUUUCCAGCGGAUGCGAAACCGCCAGUACGGCGACAAGCGAGGAGAGAGCCAUCGGUGCAGAGGAACACCUCGCAGGAAAUCAAAACGAUCGGCGGGGAUCAAUGAAGAGGGUCGUUUUCUCGGAGAACCGAGUUAACAAAGGACUAGGACCACGAAGGAAUUCGGAAGGCUCGCCUCAUUUCAUGACAUGUGCCGGUAGCCCUCGUUUUAAUCCUGUAGACUCCAUGAAGAGGUUUCCUCUAAGAAGUGAGGAAGAAGAAUCGAUGGAAGAAGAAGAAGAGGAGGACACUGCUUCGAAUAUGUUCGAUUUUGAAGAUAUUGAGGAUCUUGAUGACGUAGUGGAUUAUCGGCCGAGGGGCGAGAUAUUGAACAGGAUCGAAGAACAACAAAAUAGAGAGAGGCGAGCGAAGGAGAAAUAUCCUGAUAGGACAGGCCGUGAAUUUCUGCGAAACGAAGAGACUUCAUUUUUAACUCUGGAUUCUCUCGACGAGGAAGCCGAUAGCGAUGAGAGCGGUUACGUGGAGGCCCCACCAAAGUCUUUAUUAGGUCAAGACGAUAGGAAGGAAGAGGAAGAGAGCGAUCGUUCGCGAUUGGAGUCGUUUAAGAAUCAAUCGGAAACUGUGACUGCACAUAGAAACAUAAAAACUGACGAGAACGAAAAUCAAAGGAUGAAGCAUGAAGAUCCCAAAAUAGACAAACAGAAGGAAAUAGAAUCUAAAAAAGUGGAGAAGAAAGAUUCCUUAUUGGCGGUCGACGAUAAUCAAAGAAUCAAGGAAAGAGAAAUAGAGAGAACGGAUUUCAAAUAUCCUAUCUCAGAAACCAUCAAGAAGUUAGCUAGCGCGUCACUGAGAUCCAAGUCCCUCGAAAUGACGAGCAACAAUUGCUUGAAUGUCCUAAAUAAUUUCAAAACUUCCAAGUCAUUCGAUAGUGUGAGAAAUGAUGAAAUUACCAUGGAAUCCCCAAGUCUUCACCAAAGGAAGCAAUUGUUGGCACAACAUGGUGUUAUGGUUUGAAAAAUUUUUUUAUUUUAUGUAUAAAAGAUUGAAUGGAAAUUGAUGAAUGAACAUUUGUUUAGCAUCGAGUUUCCAUGAACAAUCAAAGAUACUUAUAAUUAUAUUUCACAAAAAUAUCGACAGUUUACAGAAGGGAGUAUUAAUUAAUUUUUGUUCCAAAAAGUGCCUGAUUAACAUUCUUGACAGAUUUAUCAAAUUUUGAUAUUUAGUUUAUUGGAUGAAAAUGGGUUUUAAUUAUAAAUAUUCAUCCUGGAGUCAUUUUCCUUACUACUCGUAGUACUUAUAGUACGUAAAUAUAGAUAUUAAUUCGGUGAUGGAUAUACAGACCCUGUUAGGAAAUUUUACUUGAAUAAUGUCAAAGCAAAUGAUCAAAAUAUAUUUUAAAUGUGCUUUUACAUAGCUUCGAAAGAAUUAAUUUAAAUGCUUGAUUGCGCGAGUUAAAAGACCAUCAUCGAGUUAAAAAAAACCUUCAGUGCCGGAAUGUAGACCCUAAACUCAGUAUUUUAAGAUGUAUGAUUUCUCUAGUUAAUCUUCCAAAUCUGAAGAUUGUGACUUCACAGAAAAAUGUGAGUCAAAGUCAAAAUUAUUAAUAGGCAAAGAUCAAUCAGAAGGCUAAUCAAAUUUGGCUAAUUAUAUUUAAAAGCUAGAAUGAGCCAAAUUGGGAUGUAGUAGAGAAAUCAUUAAAACUAUUACUGAGCUUUUAUAAAUUACUUAUAAUAACUAUAAUAUUAUUGUUUUAUUAUUUAAUAACGUGAUAGUGAUUAGGUUAUUUUAUUUUAUUUUAUUUUUUGGUCAUUGUAUGGCAUAGAAAGGAUUAUCUACUUCCGGUUCUGAUAUUACUACACAGGUUGACAAGGAAAAUAUACCCAUACUAUAUAUGAGAUGGAUAUGAAAAAUGAGACUAUUGAAUCUUUUAAUCAUGCCUGUUGCAUGUAAUUGUAGUUUUGUGGUUAAAAAAUAAAAUAUUCUGUUUGACAGAGAACAGAUUGCAAUGCAGACAAUUGAUAAUAUUAGAAUAAAAAGUUUGUGUAUAAAAUUGCAAGAAUAGUUACUUUGUUCAAGUAUAAUGAGCUCGAGAUAAUUUGAUAAUGUGAUUUUUUGCGUUACUAUAUUAAAUUUCCACAAACAAGAUUUGAAAGCCUCUAUUAGAAGAUAAAUCACAAAGUUGCCCAUUGAACCGUCCGAUUUGUUAUCGACAAUGCAUCGUAUCUUAUUGAUUAUAUAACAUUAAUAUUCGUUGUUAUAUGUGAAAUGGUUCUAAACGAAUGAUCAGUAGUAAAUCGGCAAAGCUAAGCCUUGAUUCUAUGGAUUAUAUAAUAUCGUAAUUGAAGACAGUUAAUGGAGAAUAAGUGAUUGCUUAUAAAUAUAAUUUUUCACAAAGUGGAGAGAAAUCAAUGUUCUUUGCUCGUAAUAGCAAGAAUGAAAAUGAUAGUUGUUAUAGGGUACAAUUAUUUCAUUCUUAUUGCGCUCGCAAAUUCGUUUCGAUGCAAAGUAUUUUCUAAAAGCAAUCGAAUGAUUCUUUCGAUUUUUUUAUCUGUCACUUAAAAAAAUGCAAUAUUAAAUUUAUUUAAACAACGCAUUGGAUAUCUCCAUUAUCUAUGCAAGUUCUGAUAUAAGAACUUGCAGUGAUUUGUUAGAUCACAGAGAUAAAUAUGCUUUUUUUUAUUGAUUGAUUAUUAUAUAUUAUGACAGAAAUUAAACAGUUCAUUACAAGUUGAUUUUCGAUAAUAUCAAGUAUUAUAUUAGUGGUGUUUAUUCACGUAUAAUUCAGCAUGUGUUAUUGGUAAAGCGCUAAAACAAAUAUUUUGAAUCGGGCAUGCCCGAAAGGUUUUGCUAUCUACGCGAAAUCCGAGAUUGUGCCAGAUAUGGCUAAAGUCUCUAUUAUGACAACAAUCCUUGU